AGUUAUUGCCCACUGGAGACUGACUCACUGUUAGGUUGUGUAUAUAUAUGAGAGUGUGUGUUGGGUUCGGCCUGUUGGAGAAAGAGAGCCCGCUGAAAGAAAGAGAAUUUAUUCCAGGCCAUCUUCAGCUACUCAACAAUCAUGUCUCAACCUAAUCAGGAAGAUGAGCAAAUGCAGCGUCCUGAAGUGAGAGAAGAAGACCUGACUGAAGCAAAGAACAAGCUGGGUGCUGCCGGGCCUCCCAAGAGCAAGACAAUGGAAGUAAUGGAGGAGUGCGAGAAAAUGGGUAAAGUUGCGCCCUCUGUGUUCAGCAGAGCGAGGUCAGGAGCAGAGACUGCUUUCAACACUCGCUCAGGCCAGCCAAUCAGGAAAUAGGAGAAAACCUGACCGUGGCUGAAUCACACCUGCUCCAUGUUCAUGUGUUUGGAUCAGCUGUUUUCUUGUCUUACUUCAACCCAAGGAAAAUCUUGUUUAAAGCCCAUUUUUUCUGUAUUUCGUUAUGACAAAAUUUUACACUAGAUUUAUAUUGAUAGUUCCUUGAAUUUUAAGAAAGGUGCCUAACUGAUGAACUCAGUUUCAGUGUUUAAAACAUAUUUGUUGAUCUGUCUGAUACGACUUUUUGUUACACCAGAAGUUUCAGAGUGGGAGUAUAAAGUAGUGUAUGCAGUACACUUCAGAAAAACCUUAAUGAUAAUAAUGAUAAUAAUGAACAGAAAGACAGAUUUAUUCAGCAACGAUUACGAAAUUACUUUGCAAUAAAAUCUCUUGAAAUGAU